CGAGGACGAGACGGUUCAGACGGACGACACCACGGAGGACCAGGCUAUGGCGGUAGGAAGGCCAGCUGUACCUCCAUCCACCACGGGUGAGAAGGAUGGAGGAUGAAGCCGCGAGACGGCGGACUCGACGACAAAGUUUCGUGCAUUCGUGCAUGUACGAAGGGACUAGUAGCUCUGUUGUAGUGUAGUCGAGCUAAGGGAUGAGUGAGUCAGAGACGCUUGAGGAUCAUCAUCAACCCAACGAAUCCCCCCCAAAAAGCGAUUUAGGCCGCAGAAUGGCUGUGGUAAAGCAACUAGAAAGGCUCUGAAAACACGAAAACACAACUGUCUCGAGCUGCUUACCCAUGGGGAUGGGGUUGAUCAUUGAGGUGGCGAGGGCCUAAAUUGUGAUUGUGUUGGGGUGUUCAAGAGUGUUGUCGGAAGUGAUCAAAAGGUGUCUUAUUGUUCUCGUGCCCGCAUUUGUGGACUCGAAGCCACCCAUGUUAAAACGCAUGCUUUAGGUGGCCUUUGAAUGAUAGACAUUGAGGUGUCAAGACCAACAAACAAAGACCUUUCACAUUCCACCCAUUAAAAAAGACUUUGCUCAAAUGUUUGACAAAAUAAUGUCCACAUUCCAAUCCAGUCCGGAUUAAUCCAAGGCCAAAUCUUAAGUGUAGUGGUCUAUUAUUCCAAAGACUGCUCAAUCCUGUCUCAAAUAUGGACGAAGGCAGUAGUGUGCGGGUGGCUGUCCGCAUUCGCCCGCAAUUGCCUCGAGAGAUUAUCGAGGCUUGUAAAGUGUGUAUCACCAAAACUCCGGGUGAACCGCAAGCUUGGUUGGGUUCCAAUAAGGCCUUCACCUAUGACCAUGUGUAUGAUUCAGAGAGUCAACAGGAAGAGGUGUAUGAGGACACCGUCAAAGAGCUUAUCGAUGGUUGCUUUGAAGGCUACAAUGCCACGGUAUUGGCUUACGGCCAAACUGGGAGCGGCAAGACCUACACCAUGGGAACGGGCUUCGAUCUUACCGCUCAGUCUGGUCCUCAAGUUGGGAUUAUCCCGAGGGCUGUGAAACACCUCUUUUCCGAAAUCGAUCGACGUCGAGAGGAAGCUCGAGAUGAAGGGACCACUGUUCCCGAAUUCAAAGUAUCCACCCAGUUCAUGGAGCUCUACAACGAGGAGGUCUUGGACCUCUUCGACAAUAAUGGUUGUGGAAAGAACAAAAAAUCGGGUAUCCGUAUUCAUGAGGACGCCAAUGGCAAUAUUUACAUGGCUGGAAUUACGUCCAGGCCGGUUCACACCGAGGAGGAGACGGUUUUGGGCCUUAAAGCUGGAGCUUUCAAUCGUACCACGGCCAGCACCAACAUGAAUGAUCAAUCCUCAAGAAGUCAUGCCAUUUUCACGAUCUACAUCCAACAGCAGCGUCAAGCCAGAGGCGAUGGAUCAUUUCCAAUUCCCGAGGGAGAUGAGAAUGGAGUCAUCCCCUCCACUGGCACGCCAGGGGAUCUGGAGACCCUGACAGCCAAGUUCCAUUUUGUGGAUUUGGCCGGAUCUGAGAGACUUAAACGCACUGGCGCCACAGGAGAUCGGGCCAAGGAAGGGAUCUCCAUCAAUUGUGGUCUCUUAGCCCUCGGAAAUGUGAUCAGUGCUCUUGGAGACACAACCAAACGAGCCCUUCAUGUACCAUAUCGAGAUUCAAAGCUAACACGUCUCUUACAAGAUUCCCUUGGGGGAAAUAGCAGAACCUUGAUGAUAGCUUGUGUCUCUCCGAGUGAUAGUGAUUUUAUGGAGACUUUGAAUACUUUGAAAUAUGCCAACCGAGCCAGAAACAUCAAGAACAAGGUCACUGCCAAUCAAGACAAGACUUCUCGGACCAUCAUGAUGUUGCGGCAAGAGAUUCAGAACCUGCAGUUGGAGUUGAUGGAAUACCGACAGGGAAAACGUGUCAUGGGGGAAGAUGGGUUGGAGACUACCAAUGACAUGUAUCACGAGAACACCAUGCUUAGUAAGGAGGCUCAUAACCUCAGGACAAGGAUCAAAGCGAUGCAAGAGACCAUUGAUGUCCUCACAUCCAAGAAUAGUCAACUUUUGGCCGAAAAGGAGCUCGGAAAUUGGAUUCAAGACGGCGAAAAUUCAGAUAUGGCAGUUGUGGUUCAAAAUUACAUUCAAGAAAUCGAGGAACUUCGAAGUAAGCUCUGCGAGUCAGAGAAAUUAUGCGAGGUGCUGCGCAAAGAAACGGCUCGAAAUAAGCGACUUUCCAUGACCGGAUAUUCGCCCAUGAAAGGUGGGAUGGAUUCAUCCUUUGGUCAAUUCAUCCCUGAAGGCGAGAGUUCGUUUUCCGUGCAAGAUUUGAUUGAGCAAGCCAAAAAAGAAAUCGUCUCCAAACAGAAUGAAAUCAAACGCAAGACCUCUAAAACUCUCCUAAGCGAUGAAGACAAAGAUGCCAACAGUGCGGACGAUGAAGAAGAUGACGAUGAGGAUGAAGAAACCUCUGACGUGGACGAAGAUUCGGAUGGCUCUGAUACCGAAUCGGAUAACAUUAAGAUGAAGAAUGAAGAGAUUAGCGAGGAGCUGGUCGAGCUCACCUCAGAAAUUUCUUUGAAACAAAAGCUCAUCGAAGAAUUGGAAACAUCCCAGAAACGUCUUCAAGCUAUGAAGUUCCAAUACGAAAGCAAACUUUUAUCACUGCAAAACAAGAUCACUACCACUGAAGAAGAGCGAGACAAGGUUCUCAAGAACAUGGGAGGCGCCAAGAGUACCGUCGCUCCGGAAAAGUUGACCAAGAUCAAGCAGGAUUAUCAAGAAAAGUUGGAAAAGUUGCAAUCUGAAGUGAAGAAGUUGCAAACGGCUAAGAAAGAGCAUGCCAAGUUGCUGCGGAAUCAAUCUCAAUAUGAGCGGCAGGUCGAGAAACUGAAGAGCGACGUUAUGGAAAUGAAACGAAACAAAGUUCGACUCGUUCAAAAGAUGAAAGAGGAGUCCUCUAGACAUCGCGAACAAGAACUGAGAAGGACCCGAGAGCUUGCACAAAUGAAGAAAGUGACGCGUAAGAAUGAGUCUCGAAUCAAGAACUUGGAGGCCGAGAGGAGGAUGAAGGAUUCCGUUUUGAAGCGGAAAACUGAAGAGGUCUCUGCCUUGAGGAGAAGUCAGAGAAGGAUCAGUAUGGGUGGCAAACGGCGCGAUAAACUGAAUGAAAAGAGCGUGAAGUCCAAAUGGCAAACCGUCGAAAAGAAGAUCAAUAAGAUUGCGCUGAAUAAGCAGGCCAUCUCCCAAAUGGAAAAUGAUAUGGAUCGAUGGCUCAAGGAGCGAGAAAAGCUGUCGAAGAAAUUGGAACGUAUGGCAGUCAAACGAAAACGCCUCAUUGCCGAGAAAGGCGACAGUUCGUUGGUAGAAGAUCUUGAAGAUCAGAUCGAAAACCUUAAGGCCAACGUCAACUAUCUGCAUGAGAACAUCGUGGAAUGUCAGCAACAGAUUGUGGAAAUGGAACAAGCUGGAAACACGGAUGAAAACGAUGAGGAGAGCGUGGCCAAGCUAAUCAAUCUCGACGAAAUCGGAUUGGACGAAUCUCGAUACCUCUUGAGCAAGCUCUUAAGUAUGACCGUCAACCAAUGUUGUCAAUCCACCCAACGCGACGGCCAAGUCAAAGAGCUAGAGAAUAAGAUAUCUCAAAUCACACAUCAAAGCACCUUACAUCAACAACUGCUUCAACACAUGAUCGAGCAACAGGAUCUCGAUAUCUACGACCUCAUGCUGGCUGAUCAGGCGGAAGAUGAGAGCGGAACAGAUUCAGAUGAAGUGAGCGUGGCUCGGUCCAUAACCAAUCUUAACCUUGACCUUCAGCCGGGUACGGAAGACAGCGUUGGAUCUGAUUCUUCCAUGGGACGUCGGGAAAAAGCACGACGCAAAAUGACUACCAAAGAAGACCUUCUCUUCAAUGACACGGAUAUGCCACCCAUGGCCCUUUUAGGGGGUGACAAUGGGAAACUCAUUGGACCUCCUCCUCCUCCAUCUAGUACUAAUCGGGCGGCUUUCGUUCGAAGUUUGAGCUUCACCAAGCCGAGUUCAGAUUUGCUUUUUCGAAGUCGUAGCUUCGUUAAGCCAAAUCCUGGCGGGGCUCCUCUUGGAUAUGGUGCUUACAUUAAUAACGGCCGUUAUCAACCUCUUCCGGAUGUGAUGACUCAAUCGAUGGAUCCCACCAGCAUGUCACGCCUCUCGUCAGUGUACCAACCUUCGCCCGUGAUCGGAAGAAGAAACAACUUGAACAAUCCGUAUCCAGACUCGUUCCAAAGAUCGACUUCGCCGAGAAGUUCAAUGAUGAACUUGCGGAAAUUCAACUCUGCUGCUCGCUUGAACGAAGAGUCUCCGCCCAAUUCCCCGCCCUCAUUUCGUCGACAGGGGAGUCGGGAUGAAACGGGCAAGAAUGUUUUCCAUCGUCUCGUUGCGGGAACAAAGCUGGGCGAAGCAUCUGCACAUAGCAAAGGUGUGAUCAAUCCCUAUCAGGGCAAAAUGACACCAAAAAGUCCACUCAUUUGCUCGAAUGUGGCUGAAGGCCAUACCAAAGCCGUGUUGUCAGUUUUCGCUACCAACGAGCGACUGUUCAGUGCAUCCAAGGAUCGAACUGUGAAGGUGUGGGAUCUCUGCAAGAAGGCUGAAAUCCAAAGUCUUGCCGGACAUCCAAACAACGUCAACGUGGUCAAAUACUCAGAAGUGACUCGACUGGCCUUCUCGGCGUCGUCAGCCUUCAUCAAGAUUUGGGACCUUCGCAUGAACUCCAACACGUGUAUUAAGACCUUAAGUUCCUCAGGUCUCACCACGAAUGGAUCGAUUCAAAUGAACUCCUCCAAUAGAACCCUCCACAUGCCUCCUGGAGAGACCCUAAUCAAUGAUAUUGCGAUUGCUCCUUCGGGUUAUGGCCUCUUUUCGGCUGCUGGGGAUAAAGUGCGAAUUUGGGAUUUGCGGAAAUUCCACUCAAUCGGGAAAUUGGCUGGCGGUCAUCAAGCAGCCAUCAUGUGCCUCACUGCUGGGAUCUCACUCAGUCCAGACACCGAGGACGGUGAUUAUGUUAUCACGGGCUCGAAAGACCACUACAUUAAAGUGUUCAACGUUCCCGAAGGGAAAGGCGGAGUGAUCACUCCCACUCAUAACUUAGACCCGCCUCACUACGAUGGAAUCGAAUGUCUUGCCUUAUAUGAGGACACCUUGUUCUCCGCCUCUCGAGACACUUGCAUCAAGAAGUGGAAUCUCCAAAGUCGAGAUUUGGUCCGCUCUAUUAACAAUGCUCAUAAGGAUUGGAUCUGCGGCUUGAGUUUCUUACCCGGGGCUCAAGUCAUCGUGUCUGGAUGUCGGGCCGGCUAUUUAAAGCUCUGGUCCGUGGACUCGUGCGCACUCAUCGGCGAGACCAAAGCCCAUAACUCAACCAUUAACACCAUUUACACCAAUGACGGCCUUAUCUUUACUGGUUCGAAUGAUGGAAGUGUGGGAAUGUGGCGCCCUCGUAAUAACUUUGACAAGAGUCCAGACUCCGAUACGUCUUGACCGCGGUUUCCGUCCAGCCCUUCCCGUCUAGCGGGAUCGGGUGGAUCACUUCAUAGACAAAACCUAUACUCGCCGGGCUCAAGACGGCGUUUCCUCUCGUCACCAAAUAGGGGAGGUCAUUCCACCUUUGGUAGCAGCUCGAGCCUUUCCCGCUCAAUGACUGGUAGUAUUACUCGAUUGGGUAACUUCUAAACACGACUUAAAUCGACUCCUUUCUCUGAAGCAACCAAUCAUCCAAGCAUCCAGCCAUUCUAUUUCCCCUCCCCCUCCCCUCCCCGAUUCAACUUGUGAUAAAGCGCUUCCAACUUUUUAAUAGCAGCUCAGAUCGGCCAAUCAUCACACUUUUUCAGGAAACUUGAACCAUUUCCUGACUCGUGUACAAAACGAGCACUUUUAGCCAGCCAAAACCCACGAAAACAAUAAGUCAAUAACACGUUACCCGUAUUUUUAUAAAUCACUCGAUGUAAUGUUUGCUUCCUCAAUCGAGGAAAACUGUCCCUGACAAGUCAUUCCACAGCUUCAGCAGUGUGGUGUAACUCAAUAAUGUGCAAACAGCAUUUUCACGUCUCAAUUUCCAACCACUCUCCCCAAUAACAAAACACCCUCAACUAAAAGAAAACACCGUACAUUCCAAAUCUGUUUUGAUACAUUGUAUUUAUGUAGCAAAAUGUGGUAGAUAAGAUACAUAUUUAAAACUGCAUCAACAUCUUUAAGAUAAUAGUAAUAAUAUAAAUUAUCCAAAUGUGA